UCUCGUACUAAAACGAAUGUACGGUAUACUUAAAGAGGUCACGAGAUUUACGAUAAUUUUACUUUUUUUUCCGAAAUUCCUUAUUCAACAAGCUGCUCGUAAUAUAGAUGAAAACAUUCUACAUGGCCCACCUCAAACGGGUCAAAAGAUAAUCUCCUACUGGUUAGAGAAUAAUGUGAUAAACAAUAAAUCGCAAAAUCUAUUGACAAAAAUCCGAGAGAUAAGAAAGAUUACUGGUGCUAAAUUCGAAGAUAUUGUACUGACAGCUUUUUCUGCUAGUGUACACAAAUAUCACUUAUGUAUCAAUGAACCAAUUCCCGAUGCGUUAACAACCAUUUUGCCGAUAAGAAUGUCAGCGCCCGAUGAAAAUUUAACGUUAGAUAACAAGUUUUCUAUUGUUAUCUUACGCGUUUGCAUUUCCAAUGCGAACGGACAAACAAUCGUUGAGCCAAAUCGAGAUUCUCAAUUUUUUAAGCGUCUUCAAGAUAUUACAAGAACAAAUAACGAACUCAGAAAGAGUUCAGAUGUCUUGUUUAAUUUUUGGAUUAUAAAAUACCUAUCGGCGCUAUUACCAAUAAAAAUUUUAAAGGCUUUUCUUUUAAGUCACAGUACGAUGGCAUUCAGCAAUAUGUGCGGGCCAGAAAAAGUUCGUAUUUUGAACAAUUCCUUGAACCACAUCGUCUUCUGGAUACCAAACAAAAGUACUACUGCUCUCGGAUUUUCUCUAUUAAGUUAUGGAGGCAAGUUACAUUUGUCUUUAAUGGCUGAUAAGUCAAUUGUAAAGGACGAGAGAUUCUUUAUGGAACUUUUAGAAAAUACUGUGCAUGAAAUAGAUACUGCUUAUAAUUGUAUUAUAUCGAGGCGCUUUUCAAAGCACUAAAUAUUUUAAUAGAAGCAUCCAUGAAAAAAGGUAUUAGUAUGUUUUAAACAAGGAGUAUGAGAAAGUAAUUAAAAUAUUUUGUCUCUUUUAUACAUAUAAUUUUCUUAACGAGAACACUUGUGCU